AUUAGGAACUUGUCACAGUCGAGCGAGUGAGUGCAUAUGAUCUCGAUUGGGUCUCUGAAACCAAAAAUGGAGACGACAGCAAUUGCGAUUGCGGGAGACUGGUCUUCUUGUUUUGAAACAAGAAGAAGCAGCGUAUGUCAUCCUCCUCUGACGAGCACCAGAUGGAGGUGGCGGAGGCAGAGGCAGAAGCAGAAGCAGAAGCAGUCUUGCUCUUGUCAAUUCCGCAUUCCACAGGAAUUCGCUUGGCCUUCUCCUGAUGAUGAUAUCCCCUUUUGGAAGAAGCCCUUCCCUUCUUGGGAUGUCAACUUGGAACCUCCCUCCCAAGUAAUUAAAGAUUCCAAACUCAUGCACCUAGUUCAUGUCACCGCUGAAAUGGCACCCAUUGCCAAAGUUGGUGGUCUUGCUGAUGUUGUCACUGGACUUGCUCGAGCUUCUUUAUUGCGCGGCCACACUGUACAUGUAAUGCUUCCUUUCUACGAGUGUAUCCAGAAGCACCAGAUCAAUGACCUCACGUUAGUCGCAACAUAUAACUCUUUUCACCAUGGAAACUGGAUUCCCACUAAUGCAUACACUGGGAUAGUUUCAGGAAUCCCAGUUAUACUUAUUGACCCAUCACAUCACUUCUUUAAGGGCCAUCAUGUCUAUGGGGGUUCCUACAAUGAGCUCGAAGCAUAUCUCUUCUUUAGUCGUGCUUGCCUUGAAUGGAUGCAGGCGACUGGAACACAACCUGAUAUUAUUCAUGUCCAUGAAUGGCAGACAGGUGCUUUGCCGUUACUUUAUUGGGAUAUGUAUCAUUAUCUCUCACUUAAGAAACCGAGAGUAGUAUUGACAAUCCAUAACAUGGAGCACUAUGGUGAAUGUAGACAAGAGCAACUGAGCAUGUGCGGUCUUGAUGGAUCUUUGUAUGCUAACUUUGAAAAAGCAAUUGAUGAUCGAACUGUUGGCCAUAAUCCUGAGAGGUUAAGCUUAUUGAAAGGUGGAAUUGUCUACAGCAAUGCAGUAGUUACAGUUUCUCCAACAUAUCUCAAGGAAACACUCUGCUCUGGAUGGCUUUCAAGUACUUUGAUAAGAAACCGUGAUAAGUACUUUGGUAUAGUAAAUGGAAUAGACACUGCGAUGUGGGACCCUUCUACUGAUGUUUUCUUGCCUUCAAAGUUUCAUGCUCAAAACCCUGAGGGCAAGAAGUUAUGCAAAUACUAUGUCCAAAGGGGACUUGGUUUGGCCUCAGGUGACCAUGUGCCAGAUACUGCACUCAAGGUUCCCUUGGUUGUAUGUAUCACUCGUUUAGUUGCACAAAAGGGUCUUCAUUUGAUUACUCAUGCAAUUAAGCAAGUUGAGGAACUUGGUGGACAAAUGGUUAUACUGGGAAAAGCUCCUGAUUCUCGGGUUGAAAGUGAAUUUGAAGGUCUUGCAAAAUUGCAUAACCAAGGUCCCAGCAUUCGGAUAUUAUUGAUGUAUAGUGAGGAGCUAUCCCACUUGCUGUAUGCUGCUGCAGACUUUAUUUUAGUUCCUUCCAUGUACGAGCCAUGUGGACUUGCCCAAAUGAUUGGAAUGCGUUAUGGGGCAGUCCCAGUAGUUAGAAAGACCGGCGGUCUUGCAGACACAGUCUUUGACAUGGAUGAUGAACCAAAUCAUGACAUGGCCAAUGGGUUUGUUUUUGAAGGAAUUGACGAAGGAUCCCUGAAUGGGGCUCUAGGUCGUGCAUUUGCUUGCUACAGAAACAAAGGAGGAGAUGAAUGGAAUGGCAUUGUUAAGAAGGUUAUGGAAAUUGAUAAUGGCUGGAACAACGCAGCUGGCAAGUACAUUGAGAUUUAUGAAUCAGUUAGAGCAUGAGAAUGUUGAUCAUCAUGUGCAGCAGCUGGCUAGAGAAGCUUGUUUGCCCGUGGCGGGCACAAAUUCCGAGUACUGGAACUGGAUCCUUGAACCUUUAUGGUUGGUGUUAUGCUCGGUGUGCAGAAUGCAGUUUGAUUAUGUUUUUUCUACUUUUCUCUUAAUUGAGUAGUAGUGUACACCUCAAUGACUCA